AUGUCAGCCACUCUCCGCAAAGCCACCCGAGGAUUGAUCACCAGCGUCAUUCAGGGGAACGACCUCGUUCCUUUCCUGUCGCUCGGCGUGCUCCAUGACUUCCAGGCAGUAGCGCUCGCCUUCAAGUCAGACAACGACGCCGCCAAGCAAGAGACCCGCCAGCGAGUAUGGACAGCGUUCCAGGCAGCCCUCGCAGACAAAUGGUACAACUCGCCAUCGGCAAAGUCAUCGCCGGACAAGGACGAGCAAUGGGCCUUCGCCGCGUACAAGACGCUGCGCGCCAGCAUGAUGAGCGAGAAGCUCAUGCCGCCGGGCGAGGUGUUCGUGGUCGAGACGACGAGCGUGCUGCGGCGGGACGCGUUCAUGCGCUCGGCGGAGGACCACCUCGGCCGUCCGGCGAAGCGGAUCGUGCUGAAGUAUGUCAAGGAUGUCGAGGCUCGCUUCCGGGAGGUGAGGUUUGGCACGAGCAUGUUGACGGACCAUGCGCCGCCGAAGUAUGAGGCUGCUUUGAAAGGUCUCAAGCUUGGUGUUGUGGAAUCGGGGCAAUGA